AUGCAGGUAGAGAUUCAAGUGAGGAAGUUGUAUUGUGUUAGCAGGGCCCUUCCAACUCUACCAAUUAAUCUCGAGGAUGCUGCUCGAAGUGAAGCUGAAAUUGAGAAGGCACUUCAGGCUGGUGAACAACUUGUUCGUGUUAAUCAAGGAAUUUUCUCCAUUUAGUCUCAAGUUGAAAAUGCAUUCAGACAAUUCUUAUUAUCUGAAGGCUUUCAUCAAAUCCACGCUCCAAAAUUGAUUGCUGGGUCAAGUGAGGGUGGAGCUGCUGUUUUCAGACUGGACUAUAAAGGGCAACCUGCUUGCCCCCAAUCACCACAGCUUCACAAGCAAAUGGCAAUAUGUGCUGAUUUUGGCCGUGUUUUUGAGAUUGGUCCUGUGUUUAGGGGUGAAGAUUCCUUCACACACAGACAUCUGUGUGAGUUUACUGGUCUUGAUGUUGAAAUGGAGAUUAAGAAGCAUUAUAAUGAGGUUAUGGAUAUAGUUGAUAGGUUGUUUGUCUCAAUAUUUGAUAGCUUGAACCAGAAUUGUAAGAAGGAUCUUGAAGCUGUGGCACACCAGUACCCAUUUGAACCUUUAAAGUAUCUUCGUCAGACUCUGCGGCUUACAUAUGAAGAAGGGGUUCAGAUGCUCAAGGAUGCUGGAGUAGAGAUUGAACCUUUUGGUGACUUGAAUACUGAAGCUGAAAGGAAGUUGGGGCAGCUAGUUUUAGAGAAGUAUGGCACAGAGUUCUAUAUCCUUUACCGGUACCCCUUGGCUGUAAGGCCAUUUUACACAAUGCCUUGCUAUGAUAAUCCACAAUACUCCAAUUCAUUUGAUGUCUUUAUUAGAGGCGAGGAGAUCAUUUCAGGAGCUCAGUGUGUCCACAAUGCAGAAAUGUUGGAAAGACAGGCCGAGUCUUGUGGCAUUGAUGUCAAGACGAUAUCUACAUACAUCUAUUCUUUCAGAUAUGGUGCACCAACACACGGUGGCUUUGGAGUUGGUUUGGAGCGUGUAGUAAUGCUCUUCUGUGGCCUGAAUAACAUCCGCAAGGCAUCACUUUAUCCUCGUGACCCCCUUAGGAUUGCACCAUGAUAGUUAUACCCAAACAACUGGAGUGUUGAAAAUCGCAUUGUACAUAUUUCCUUAUCGCAAGAAUCUCAUUUCCUUUGAACUAGCAGUGUUGGAGCUGGUGUAGAGCACCUUACAAAGCAUACUAAUUUUGGUGGACUUAAUGUAGCUGCCACUUUGUUUGUUGAAUGCACCCUUAGAAUGUUCAAAGUUUCCUUUACUCGGUAACCAGCAAUCAUUUAAUGAAAAAUGGAUCUGGAUGCACUCU